CACGUUUAUAAUACACGGCAAAAAUAUAAUAACGUUUUUAUCUUCUUCAUUAAAUAGCAAGCAAAACCACUUAAGCGAUCUAACUUUUUUAGUGCAAACAAUUUCCUUUAUUAAGUUUCCAUUAAAAGUUUCAAGUUCUCUAAAGAUUAAAUUAUUUUUUAUUGAACACAAUCCACAUGUGUCAGGGCAAAUCACGUCCUGUGUUCUCGAGCGUCGUUUCGUGUUACGUCGUGUCCUUUCGGUAAUUUCCGUUUUGAUUCGGUAAUUUCCGCCUGCUCUCCUUCCUGUGUUGAUCCCCGUCCCCACUAAAGACACUCGGAGGCCAUUAUCCUGCAGCCGCCUUCUUUUCUUUCGCACUCGAAGAUAAAAACGCUUUGGUAAAACUGUAAUCUGUUCGCGCAGGUUGAAUAAGCGCUCGGUUGGAUUGUUGCACGUCGUUAAAUCGCGAGGGACGCGCUCCUUGCCUCGACAGCCCUUCGGACAGUUUCGGCUGAUUCCGUGCGCCGCUGUUUUGAAAUGGACGCGACUGAAGAACCGGCGACGAAAGAGCUCGAGCUCGGCGACGCGUCAGAGAGCGCAUCUACCGGAGAGCCGGUGGGUUCGGAUACCGAAUCGGAGGCCGAAGUCGCCACGAUGACUGUGAUGGGAGAAGCGGGAACCAUCGACAUCACCGAAUCCCUCCCGAACCCGGACGAUGCCGAGACCGCAUUUGCGGAGGUCACGGCCGUCACUGUUGGAGAUGUUCAGAGUUCAGAUGACUCUGUGUUUACGUCUGCAGUCGCCACAGCAACAUCUAUACCUGAACAUGUGCUCACGGGCAGAGCGACGCUUCAGAUCGGAAACACUCUGAGUACCCAGAAGGCCACGCUGAUCGUGGUUCACACUGACGGGAGCAUCGUAGACGCCACAAGCCUGAAAGCCACAGGGACUCCCAUGACCCCUGGUCCUCAAACUCCCAACACUCCACUCGCAUCCGGACAUGAUAAAGACGUCUCGAAGUACAACUGGGACCCGUCGGUUUAUGACAACGAGCUGCCAGUGCGCUGCAGAAACACCAGCGGCCUCCUGUACAAGAACAGACUGGGCUCAGGGGGUAAAGGUCGCUGUAUCAAACACAACAAUAGCUGGUACACGCCGACUGAGUUUGAGGGGAUGUCAGGCAGAGCAAGCAGCAAAGACUGGAAGAGAAGCAUCCGCUACGCUGGACGACCUUUACAGUGUCUCAUUCAGGAGCGUAUCCUGAACCCUCAUGCAGCGUCCUGCACGUGUGCCGCCUGCUGUGAUGAUCUUUCUACAGUGAGUGACACGUGCACUAAAGAGGGCUCUUACGGCCAGGAGAGCCUCAGUAUGACGGGCCCCGUGCGACUCUUCGUCCCCUACAAACGCAGGAAGAAGGACAAUGAACGAGCAGCGUCUCCUGAUAAUAAGAAGGAGAUUCAGUCUCCUAAAAACAUCACCCUCGCUCCUGGAGCCACGUUUACAGUGUCUCCGUCUGGUCAGAUCAGCACAUCAGGAACGCUGAGUUUCGACCGAUCGGCGUCAGGAGAAACAGCCUCCAUCAUCUCUGACAGCCCUGCAGCCCCUGACGUCUACACUAACACCACCGUGUUGACCACUCUUCCAGCGCUGGCGGUGGUUCCUCAGCAGGCUGUGGUUCAAUCUAAACCUCCUCCGGCCGGUACGCUACUGAAUGGAUUGGAGACGGGCGAGCAGCGCACAUGGCUGUACCUGGAGGAGAUGGCGAACACCCUGCUCAGCAACGUCCAGCAACUCAAAGUCCUCAUCGCACAAGCCAAACAAGCCAGUCAGAGCGGAGCACACGCUACCAUCAGCCCGGACAAAAACAGCAGCGGCAGAAAAGAGUCAUUUCAGAGUCAGUUUUCACUCACUGAGGAACCUGAGGGAAAAAUCACAGAAAUCAUCAUUAAGCACACGUGCGUGAACUGCGGUCGAGAGGCGUCCUGUGAGUGCACAGGCUGCCAUAAAGUUCAUUACUGCUCCGGCUUCUGCCAGCGAAAGGACUGGAAGGAGCAUCAGCUGAACUGCUGUCAGCCCAACACAUCCGUCAGCAUUCAAGAGGACACGCAGAUGGAGCUGGACAAAGGGAAGGCCUAGCAUUUACCCGCGGAUGAUGGCUGAUUCUAAAACUGACUGGUGUGUUUGAGGCUUAAAUCUCAGCUCUGUUAUACACUGUGAAAUGUAAAGCAUGCGCAAGUGGUGUAAAUCAGAGUUUCUCAACCACGAUCCUGGAGCACCACCAGCACUGCACAUUAUCCACGUCUGCUUAACCGAACACACCUGAUUCAGAUCAUCAGCUCAUUAGCAGAGACUGAAAGAGCUGUAAUGGGUGUGACAGACCAAGGAGACAUCCAAAACAUGCAGUGUUGGUGGUCUUCCAGGAACGUGGUUGAGAAACACUGAUGGUACUUUCUGUACCAUGUGAUAAAUGGAUUUUGUACAUAAAAAUAAUGCUGUCAAAAAAGGAUUUACUCUUUACCCUCAUGCUCAUCCAAACCUAAAUCACGCAAAAUGCCAUCAAUUUUGCUCAGCGAACGAGUUAGAUUUGAAGUUCCAUUGAUUUUUUGUAUUACUAUUUAAAAUUUAUUUAUAAAAUAAAUAUAUAAUAUUUACUGUGUUGCAGCUUUACAUUUCAUGACGUGUUAUUUAUGUGUUAAUUAAAUACAUAUGCGGCUGAAUUUGUUAUUUUUUUUUUUGAGAGCAUCACCUGCUUUAAUUGGAUGAAAAAGAGCAGCUUAAACAUUCUUUAAAGCUUCUUAUUUUAAGUCCUACAGAAGACAUGUGGUCUGAUGGGUUUGGAACAGCAUAAUUUAUGAAACUAAUUAGGUUUUUACAGCGUUUUCAAAACAAAGCUUCAAUAAACGAGAAUCAUCUCAGUUA